CCUCUGCAGGGAGUGGACGUAUAGUACUUUGCAAUUUUACUCUGAACGCGUGCUCAGUGCUUUCAAUACAAUUAUUACGAUAAAUAAAUACUUUAGACAAAAUUUUGUGCCUGAUUUUUAAAGUUAGUGAAUUAUUUCAACCAGUGUUUUAGUUAGUGGACUUCUUGUAAAGUGUGAUAUAUUUAGCUUUUAAAAGCUGAUAUUUUGGUGAUGACUGAUGAUAGUUGCGGCCUAGGAAUUGUGGAGCUGGUGUUACUUGCUGGGAAAGAUGGCCAGUGUUAACUAUUGCGUUUGUUUGGUCCUGGUGCUGUGCCAGUUUUCCGCUGUUCACAGCGAUGAGGCGUCGUCGGAGUCCACAGAUCUUGGGUUGACAGAUCUGAAAAUCGAGAGUGAUUCGGAGGGAGUGCGUUGUUACUGCAACACGGCGCAAUGUGUCAGCACGGGCUACAUGUGUCGAGCGGGCCGCGGCGGUGGUUGCUAUAGCGAACUGCCCGCGCCUCGCCGGCCGCAUCACGCAAGACACGGUUGUCUUCAUCAUCUGGCUGAUACGGAAGAAGCAGCGCUAUCCAGGUGUCAGAACACGCCGGCGUCGGCCCCUCCAGCCCACAAGGACUCCCUGCUGCUGUGCUGUUUCCGGGACCUCUGCAACCACGAGGACAGCCCGCUGGCCAGGGCACGGCUCAACCUCACUACCAGUGAUUUAGAUAAUAAUGCAGUGGCAACAGAAAGGGGUGCCAACUACAACGGCGAGGUGUGGUUCAAGGCUGCCACCAUAGCGGUGCCGGUGUGCGGAGCCCUCAUCCUGUUUCUACUGGUGGCUGUGGCUGUGAGGCUUCUUAAGGCAGACGCCUUGCUACAAGCCGAUAGGAAACUUAGGGGCGGUUACAUGUCGCCGUUAGCACAGCAUACAAACGAAGAUGUGAAGAAAGUGUGGGUGGGGAGCACGUCAGCCCCCCUCCUAGUAGCCCCCGGGGGCUGUCUCGUGGCGGUAGAACGAGCCCAACUAGUUGACGUACCCCCCUGCACACAGCUCUGUGAUAUCCAGCGGUAGACACACUCGGAAAGUCAAAUCUCUUUGGUGGGCUGUACCGUGGACUGAUGUAGGACUAAGGAUUUGAACGGACAAUUAUUUUCUUUGGUGGUGAUUGCGUCUUGUUUGUUAUGGGAUUUGAGUUCUUUUUCGCUGAAAAUCAAUUUGAGCGAUGUCAAAAUUGAUGAUUUUAAAUAUUUGACAUUUAUUAAUCACGCCAUCUAGUGAGUCGAACGGAUAUUAUGGUAAUGAAAGCCUGCUGAAAUGAACUCGAAUGUCCUUAUGGGCAAGAUGCCAAAGGCAAGAUGAUAGUAGUGACAAAAGCAGAGUUGGUUGACUGAGUGGUUUGUAGAAAAGAAUCGAGGCUUUCACAAUGAUUCGGGAUAUAUUUUUUAAAUCGAUUUUUAUAAAAUCCACGAUAUGAAAUAAGUUUUUCAUGAGAAACGUAAUGGUUGUGUAUCUAUUUUGUAUAGCAAAGUGUUUUCAAAAAUGACUGACUAUUAAUUUAAAUUAUGAUGGAAUUGCGACGUUAUUGGAUGCCUUAUAUAAAACAAAAUUGUAUACAGGAAAAAAUAAAAAUGCGUGUUUUAAGAUUCAAUUUUUUAAACGAUUGCGGGCCACUCUAUUGUUUUUGGUUUUAUCAAGUAAAUUAUUCACUCUAACACAUAAUAUGUAAUAGAGCAUUACCUACAUAGGUAGUUUUAUCUUUUUGCCUGCUCAUAAAAAGAUGGUAGCGCUAUAUCUAGAGUCCGCACCACUAAACAAGUCCCGCGACGAGGGCGCUGGCGUCGCAGUAUUUGCCAAAUCUGCAUAGAAUAUUGUGACUUUGUAUGACUUGUAAAUUAGUUCGAUUAAAAUCCGCGGGACUUCGUGGCGCGUACUCUACACAUUAAAUACCCCACGCGGACGUUACUCGCAACUAUUGACAGUUCUUUUUGACAGACGUAUUUUUUUUUCGAAAACUUAUUGUCUGUGGUUAUUAUGUAAUGGAGUAGGCAUUUUUAUAAUAUUUCUUACAGAACAGUGGCCCAUAUUGGGAAUCUUAUAGUUAAAUUGAUCUCAGGGAGAGCGAGGAUCGUCAUUCCACGGCGCAGCCCGCGCGCAUACCAAAACUACCACAGUGUAUAUUUUAGUUUUUAUUAUUUUUAUAAGAGCUUCGUGUUCCUCUACUGUAAUCUUUGUAAAUGUACCCUUUCCUCUAUGUUGACUUGUAGGCAACCAAUUAUUUUAAAAAUGAUAAAAAGAAAAAUAAUUUCGACAUAUUUAAGGUUAGGUUAGGUUACAUAAUUCAAUCAAAAGUAUUUUUCAAAUGAAAUUAGUGAUAUAUUUUUUCGACGCGACUUUAUAUACAAUUUCAAUGCUAUUCACUGUCUGCUUGGACAGGACAGGAAUUGAUAAUGUAAAUUUUAGCUUACAUCCAGGGAAAUAUACAAAAUCAUAUAGGUAAGCUACUCAUUUUGUAAACGAUUGGUUGUCUAAAAAGUCUUUAGAUUGUAAGCAACUAUCCUCUCUUUAGAAUUUUGUACGAAAAUAUGAUUUAGUUACCCGAUAUAGAGUUCACUAUAUGGGAUUCAUGGUUACUUGUUUAAAACCAUAAUAGGAUAAAAAUCCAUAGAUAAUAAAAUAUACUGCGUACCUUUAGUGUAAAGAUAAGGAUUAUAACUUUGCUAACACUAGAUAGCAGCACAUAAGCGUGAGAUCUUUCGAGUCUCAAGUUCAUGUAUUCAUAUAUUCAUGUAUUCAUGUUCAAGUUUAUGUGUUAGGUAAAAAAAAAACAAAACUACGUAUAGAACGGAGACUCUCCGCCCUCCGCUGGGUUUUACAUUAGUCUAAAUGGCCAUAAGCCACUAAAGAGUAAGAGAGCGUGCACGAACCAUUUUUCCCGCUCUCACUUACGCGUUGGGGUAAUUUUUUUUAUGGUGAAUUCGGGUUGUGGUUAGGACUUUAUUAGUACGAGUUUCAAGUAUAUGUGUAUAAGUUGUCACCUGGUGACUCUGCUCACCCUCAACAAAACACGCGCUAUGUUUUGUUAUCUAUGGGUCUAUUAAGAAUUAACCAAUUUUGUUUGUGGUGAAUAAUGUAAUGUAAUAAUGUAAGACAAAAAGUAAGAAAUCGUCUGAAAAAGCAUGUAAUUUAUGUUUUUAGAGUCUUCCCGUCUUAAAAUGUAAAAAAAAUAAUUUGAACGUACAAUUAGUUUCAUUGUGACGAUAUCUCUUAAAAUGAUCUUUAUUGUAUCAUUGUUUUCUGUAGGAAUUUCAAUCUUAUUAUCGACGACCGUCCGUACAUUUUUCUGUGUGAAUAUUGUCUAUUAUUUUUUCUAGUGAUUGAGAUAGCUAGUGAUGUUAACGAUUUAUCUUGUUUUUUGUGUAAUUUCCACGACUAAGUAAUACCAAUUUCGACGAUUAGUGAUCUUUUCUAAAAAAAAAAACACAUUACACUGCUUAGCCACGCGCAGUCGGGUAAUUAAAAAGGUAAACUAAAAGGAGGCAAAUCUUACAGUUGUAGUUAGAUUCUAUAAAGGAAAAAUAAACAUAUUAAUGCAAUAUUUUAUUAUAAUAUAUUACAAUUUCAGCUUUCGACUGAAAAAAAAUAGAUUAUAGAAAAAAACCUGUAAAAUUUUGCCCCCUCGUAGUUCAGGGGGCUAAAAAGGCCACAUAAAAGCAAUUCAUCCUAAAAGCAAUAUUGCUAUUUGGCAUUUGGGCAUAUAAAAGCGCGCAAUUUCGAAAAGCAAUAUUGCGUUUUUAGAUGAUGUGGCCUUUUUAAGCCCCCGAUCAAUGUAUGUAAAUGCGUUGCAAAAUAUAUAGGACUCAUUUAAUAAGUGUAUAUAAAAUUACCAGUGCCUUCAUUCAGACUGCUUUAGGUGUAACGGGAGGAAAUAUACUCUCUUUAAAAAGAAUUCAUUGCAAUGUAAUCACUAUGGAAGAGAGUUUUUGAAUUCGCGAAGAAGUUUAAAAGUAUAAUUUCGAUCGGAUACAGCACUAAACUUCUCCAUUGCAAGUUGGUGUAGAUACCAAGGGCCUGUUUCAUAAAACUUACAAUUGUAAAUUACAACGACAAUUUGGUGUUCAUUACGUAGCUAAUAUGAAACUGCAAAAUAUUUGUGAUCACUAACUCCGCAAUGUACAUCAAAUUGUCAUUGUAAUUUACAAUUGUAAGUUUUAUUAAACAGACCCCAGACCUGAGUUAUAUUUUUGAGAAGGAUUUUUUCUGAUACUAGUAUAAUUUGAUAGACAAAAAUGACAAUUAAAUUAAUGAUGAACGAAUGUAACGAAUACUGAGGGGGAUGAUUCAGCCCAUGAUUCUAAGUUAAUAACCAAGUGGAAUUUUCCGUCACAAAUUUCAUGAUCUUUUGUGUUAUACAUACAUACAUAAAUUCACGCCCGUAAUCCCAAAUGGGGUGGGCAGAGCCACAAGUAAUCAAAGACAACUUGCAGCCACUGUGCUUUUGUGUUAUAUUUUUUAAAUUAUUUACAAUUAUCGCUAAAGUAUAAUUGCGAUGGAAAUCAGAAUCAUUUAUUCAACUUAAUUAUCGUGGAUAAACUUGUUGAAGGCCAAUAAACAUUUUUGAAUUUACGUCAUUUCGCAAGGUGUUAUGGCUGAGGAGAAGAAAUGACAAGAAACUACAACAGCAACACAUCUUUUAAAAACCAAUGAGGGUAUACAUCACAAGUCAUUUAAUAACUAGAGGAACACAUUCAAUACCAGACAUUUUUAUCAUUUAGGUAAUCAUUAAUCUUAUAAUAGGCUUUUUUACAUAAAGGAAGCUUCACAUGAGCUUUAAAUUUAUUUUCUGACAAAUUUAAAAUAUUAUCUGGUAUUUUAUUGUAAAAACGUAUACAUAACCCAAAAAAAGAUGAAUUUAAUUUACUUAAUCUAUAAUUUUAAACAACAAUUUUAUUUUUAUUCCUUGUAUUGUAAGUAUGCCUUUCACAGUUUCUCGGAAGGAGAGAAAUUCCACUUUAUAUCAACUUAGAAUUAUGGUCGGAAUCAUCCCUCAAAGUUUUCGUUACGAUGUUACUAACACACUGCAUACGGAGUCUCGUUCACUUUUCUUCUCAUUUAUUAAUUAUAUUGCAAUGAAAGGACUGCCGACUGGUACCUACGUGUAUAAAGAUUCAUAAUUAUCUAUUUUAAAUGUAAAUAUUAGUAUUUUAAGUUGUUACCCGUUGUUGUAAUGAUGUGGAAGCCAUACGGCCAAUUUCAUAGUCGAAUCCAUUGAGGCAGCUCCUAGUCUUUUUAUCUGAUUUUUUAAGAUAAUUUUCUUAUCUUUUUUAUUUUUCUCAUAGCUUCCAAUGGAUUUUGCUUGUGGUCGAAUAUAAUGAUAUAUGUCCGUAAGUUUGUACAAUAGUAUUUUUAUUAAUUAUGUACAUAGGAAUUAGAUUUAUCAAUAAAUUGGUUCAAUGUAUUCUUCAUAUUGUAAAGUAUAUAAUAAAAUAAUUUGUGAAAUAGUUACGCUAUGACAAUACUAAACCGAUUUUGAUAAUCCUUCGACCAUUUGCCAGAGAUUGACCUAGUAAUAAGCUUUCAUUAGGUGCCUUACAUUUGCGAAUUUAGAAUUUUAUUAUAUAAGGUGCAAAUGAAUGAAAUACUCCAUAUUGUAAUAAACCUGCGAUCUUAUGUAAAUAUAAUAAAUAAUGAAUUUGUAAAAAUUACGAAUAAAAAGAAAUUAUUUUAUUACUGGAA